UCCGUUCCCCCACUUCCGUUUCCGCCGGCGGUGGCUAUGGCGCGAAGGAGCGGCCGGAGCGGGAGGGCGGCCCCUGCAGACCUGUUCCAGGAGAGCGACGGGGACGAGGACUUCGCCGCGCCGCCGAAGAAGGCUCGCCCCGCCGGGAAGAGAGUUCCUCUUGGUGAGAAACUUUUCCAGAGAGACUUGGAAGUUACCUUAGCUGUAUCUUUGAAUGAAUAUUUGGGGAACAAAGAUAAAGUUCAGAAAAAAGUUCUAGAUGAUCGUGCUGAACCUAAGGCAGCCGUAGAGGAUUUCAAACAGGAAACUGUGUUAUGCACACCAGAGACGGACAACGAUGGAAAUCUAUGUGCCAGUCAGGAAAACUCUCAGCCGCUUUUAGAAAUUGAAUUAGGUUCUUCAGAAUCAGUUGGGAAGCCUUUGAAGACCUCAAGCCCUUCGGUGCCCAAGAAGCCCAGCUGGACACCCCCAGGUGCAUCUGGAAGCAAAACCAGCCUGAUGGGAAGAACUCCUGUUAGAUCACCAGUUCACGGUCUCCGGCUUGGCCUCUCCAGACUCGCCAGAGUGAAACCUUUGCACCCACCUUGUGCUGGUACCUAAGAAGGUCUUAGGCUGACAC